AUGACCAGCAGCCCGGAGACUCAGUGCUUCUCUGUGGAUCACAUCCAUCAGAAUCACCAGGAUGAGAGGCUUGCAUCACAAAACGCAAAAAUGAUUUCAUCCAUCGUCAUUUCACAGCUGAUUGAUAAGAAUAAAUCAAAAGAAAAUGGGGCCACGCUGCCCCUGCCCUGUGCAAUCGCUCGGCCUCGAGUGUGUCCCACAAAGCCGGCUCCUACUAAUCUCAGCAGAGUCAACAUCCACAGGGCAUUUGCGUUACUUCCAGACAGAUUGGGAAUUCCAACCCUGUCAGAUGAGCGAAGACCUGAGACCAAACUGCUGCUCACAGGGGAGAGCCCAGGUGGCGACCCUCGCAAAGGUUUCACAUCCAUCACCAUCACUGCCCGGCGUGUGGCUCCCCCAGCCAGUGCCCUGGUUUGGGGCACUCUUGAGGAUUCGCUGUGUCCCAAGUACAGGGCCGAGAAUGCUCUGCUCCGGAGCUCCUCAGCCCUGGCUGGUGGAGCCCAUCCAUGUCAACACCAUGUUCCUUUUGCUUGCUCUGAAUUUCCCAGAAAUGGCUCCAUGAAGCUGAAGGUUCCUGAGACCCAUGCAAAGCUGUGUGUGGGACACGAGUACUGGGUCACACAUGUAGGUGACAAAGAAGCCAGUUUUUCUCCAGAUAUCCCACCAUCAGGAAAGGGCCCACUGAUGUUCAGUUCCUGUGUCCACUUCCAGGUGUCUCGGCAGUGUCCCAAUGCUGUCUACUACUUGGACAAGUCACUCUCUGUUCCCAUUGCACACCCUCCAAUUGCCAGCCCCAAAAUGCAUAGAUCCGUCCUGUCGCUCAACCUCAACUGUAGUUCCCACAGGCUAACAGCAGAUGGAGUAGAUGGCAUAGCUAACAGAGAACCAAUAAACAGAGCCCUAAAGCAGGAUCUCAGGGAGGGAAACCAGAACCUCCCAGCCCCACACCAGAGCUCAGCACCACAAGAAAGUCAUUCGAAACCAUCAUUGGGACAGGUGCAUUUGGGGACUGGCACAUGCCCUUGGAGUGGCUCUCCUUCAUUGGAAAAGACAGAAUUUGCAGAUGUGGGAACUAACCAGCUCACUGUAACAAAAGGGAAAGAAGACCAUGCACCUCAUCACACCAGCGGUCAUGCUGACCAACUGUCCAUUCACAUUCCUGGCUGGAGCUACAGGGCAGUAGAAACAAAACUAUUUUCUGGAAGCAGCAAGGAGCAGCAAGGAGAAACACGUAUGACUCUGUCUGCUCCCCCAGUGGAACAGAAGCCCAUUAUAUACUUCCCUCCCGAUGGGGACAGUUCACCAAGCGAUGACGGUCAGUCUAGCGACCUUUCUGAGCCCACUGAGAGACGACAGCCAAGCUUCCUGAGACCCAGAGUCCCUUUACCUGGGUUUUUUUGUCCCUUACAAGAUCUUUGCACCUCUCCACAGGAAGACAAUGGUGGUCAGAUAGAAAGAGAGUUCCCCAAAGCAGAUUACACAUGCUGUGACUUGGUCGUAAAACUAAAGGAAUGUAAGAAGAGCGGUGACCCCACCUCGCCUGAGCUCUCAUCAGCAACCCCCUUACAUGUACUUCCAGAGCGACCAGAGACCCCUGGCCUGUCGGAAGAUGUUUCUGAGCCUCAGCAGAUACCUGAAAGUUUCAUGACUUUGCAG